AUGUCGAAACCAACAUACAUCAUAUACAGCUAUUUUCGCUCUUCUUGCUCUGCCCGCCUUCGAAUGGUACUAAACCUCAAGGGCAUUGAGUAUGAAAUGAAGACUGUCAACCUCCUCAAAGCAGAACAGCAGUCCAGCGAGCACAAGGCCCUCAAUCCAAACGCUACUGUACCUUUGCUGUUGCGCAAAGGCAGCGACGGAAGCAUUUUCAAGGUCGGCCAAUCGGUCGCUGCCAUCGAGUAUCUUGACGAGACACUCCCCGAGAGCUAUCAGCUUUUACCGCCAGUUUCAGACCCAGAGGCAAGGGCUGUCACCCGUACGCUGGCUAGCAUCAUUGCCUGCGACCUGCAGCCUGUCACAAACCUGAGGAUCAUGAAGCGCAUUAAGAGGCUCGGGGCCAGCCCAGAGCAGUGGAACAAGGAAAUAAUGACAGAAGUGCUUCAGGCCUAUGAGACGACGGCCAAGGACUCGGCGGGCCAGUACUCCGUUGGCGAUAACAUCACAUUGGCAGACGUUUGUCUGCUGCCAGCUGUCUGGAAUGCGCAGCGAUAUGGCGUUGAUCUCGACGCAUUUCCGAUCAUCACAAAGACCAGUGAGAACUUGAGCAAGCAUCCUGCAAUCAUCAAAGCGCACUGGCAAAACCAACCUGAUACCCCUGAAGAUCUGCGUGCGAAUGGUAGCUGUUAA